UUGCGUUAGGCCGCCUUUUCCUUCGAGCUCCAUUUUCUGAAGAGCGUUGGCGCGCACGGUCGGGGUGGCGUCCUAACAUCUUGCGCAUCAUGACGGACCGUUACACGAUUCACAGCCAGUUGGAGCACCUGCAGUCCAAGUACAUCGGGACCGGCCAUGCCGACACCACCAAAUGGGAGUGGCUCGUGAACCAGCACCGGGACUCGUAUUGCUCCUACAUGGGCCAUUUCGACUUGCUCAAUUACUUCGCCAUCGCCGAGAACGAAAGCAAGGCCCGCGUCCGCUUCAACCUCAUGGAGAAGAUGUUGCAACCCUGCGGGCCGCCCGCUGACAAACCGGACGAGUCUUAAGCUUGGAGCUGUGAGCCCGUCGGCGCUUCCGCCCAAGCGAGGAGGGAAGGAAGGAUGAAGGAACGCAGCCUUGCCGACGGUGGGGGACCUGGCCCGGUGAACCAUUAUAUUCUCCUCUGCGUCCUUCAAGCCACCUGUGACUGCUUGUUGACUUGCGUGGCUAACUUAAUUCCGACAUGUUUUGAACACCUACGUGGCAGGGAGGGCAUCUUCUGAACUUCAGCUCUCUGCAGCCUGCGGGCACUUGUGAUAGACUGAGCAGAACGAGGCCCGAUGGUUUGUCUCUGGCUGUGGCUUCCUACGCAUAGACAGGCACAGGGUGGCUUGCUUUAAAGGCUUAUUGCAUCUUUUGAAGAUACAAGAACAAGUAGCACAGGAGAAAAGGGAUUAUGAAGAAAAGCUGGUUUAAGAGGCUGAGGGAAACAAAUUGGAUAAGUAUGUACAGGAUGAAAAUAGUGGAAAAAACUGGAAAAGAAUGUGCUAUUGAAAGAAAUCAUCUCCAGCUUGCAACUGUUAAAUUUACAUCAACUGACCAGGCAAACUUAAGAAUGCACAGGAAGAAUCAGAAUUUUGGAACAAUUUUACAAUAUUUUUUCACCAAAGCCUUUGAUAAAGAAAGCUGUCAGAAUGGUAGUUUUGUUUAAUGAAACUGAUCUGUAACUAUUUGUAUUUGGAAUAAAUCAGAUGUAUAUAAAUGA